ACUGUACACUUGUCAUUUUCUUGUCAAACUUGGUCCGUAGUGCGAAAGCCAUCUCGCCACGCAUUUCGGCAAAUAAUUUAUACGAAAUGGCAGAAUCAGCGACGGAGAACCUUAUAAACAUUGAAGAAGCAGUUAAGGAAACCGUAAAAAAUGCUACAGACAAGCCACCGACGAGUAUUGAAGGUAUUGCGAUUGCAUACCUGAGUUUAGUGAUUAUGGCUGUGUUACCGAUAUUCUUCGGGGCUUUCCGAUCAGUAAAAUACCUGAAAGAGCAAAAGGAAUCGGGCGAGCGACAUGAGACUAUGUCAAACAAGGAUGCGCUGAUGUUCCCUCUGAUCGCAUCGGCGGCGCUGUUCGGACUGUACAUCUUUUUCCAGUUCUUCUCCAAGGAGUACAUCAACCUGCUGCUCACUGGAUACUUCUUCUUCCUAGGAGUUCUUGCCUUGAGCCAUCUUCUUAGCCCGAUAAUCUCGUUCAUGGUGCCGGCGUGUAUCCCGAACGUGUCGUACCACAUCCACUUCACGCGCGGUGAGGACGACACUCGCUCGGACAUUGUCAACUACAAGUUUACGUCGUACGACAUCAUCUGUAUAUUCAUCUCACUAGCCAUGGGAGGCUGGUACAUACUUAAGAAGCACUGGAUCGCGAACAACUUGUUCGGUAUCGCGUUCGCGGUGAACGGAGUGGAACUGCUACACUUGAACAACGUGGUCACCGGCUGCAUCCUGCUCUGUGGACUGUUCAUCUACGACAUCUUCUGGGUCUUCGGCACCAACGUCAUGGUCACCGUCGCAAAGUCCUUCGAGGCUCCCAUCAAACAUUAUAAGGAAAAUAUAUAG